UCUCCCCUUUGGCACAAAGUGGGGCUGGCAGCACAAGAGCCAUGUGUUCAAGCGCUCCACGCUUUGAAGGGACUCAAAAAACAAAAAACUUUUUUUCAGGACCUGUUUCUAAGAAACGUUGUGUAAAGUGAGAGAGACAGAGAAAAGAGUAGGGGAGUGGGAGUGAACGUGAGGGUACGUGUGAGGGAGAGACGGGAGAUGGGAAGCGCAAGGAGCUGCUGCUUACAAAAGGAAACUGUGUCUUCAAUGUGGCGGUUUGAUCUCCGUAGCUGAAGGAUACAUUUUGUCGGACAGUGUUUGGGGGAGAUUCUGCGAGAGACUAGACAACGGGAGGCUGUAAUCCUCACUGGUUCGUUUUACCAUCCGAGGCAAAGUUGUCCCACCAUUUCCUUUCGGAGAUGCAGUGCGAGGAGCUGUCGGCCAGGGAGGAGUUCACCUACAGCCACAUGCCCUUUCUGGAGCGAGGCGGCGGCUCGCUGGGACGGCGGAGCGACAGGGCAGCGGAGAGACGGACGGACAGGGGGGAGCGGGACAGCUACACGGUGGACGUGAGGGCCAGCGACCUGCAGCUGGGCCAGCCGGAGCCUCUCAAGCAUCCCUGCUUCAGCUACAGGGCCUGGCUCUACAGUGUCCUCAUAGGGGGCAGUCUGCUCAUCACAUCUGGUUUCUCUCUGUACCUGGGCAACGUGUUUCCUGUUGCCAUGGACUACUUGCGCUGCGCCGCCGGCUCCGGUCUCCCCGCAGCCAUAGCUAGUUUUGCCAUUGCCAAGAACAGACAUGUUGCUGUGUCAGAUUUUCAGGUGGUCUAUGUCUCCACCUUUGCCGUAACGACCACCUGCCUGGUUUGGUUUGGCUGUAAACUGGUCCUGAACCCCUCUGCUGUCAACAUCAACUUUAACCUCAUCCUGAUGAUUCUGCUGGAGGUGUUGAUGGCCAGCACUGUCAUCCUGUCCGCUCGCUCUGCAGAGGACUGCUGCUGCCACAGGAAGUCGGUGACACAUGACAGACCGGUGGCUGUAACGCCCGCGGUGUUCCCCACACGACUCCUCAAAGCAUAUUCUGUGAUCGAAGUGAUCGUGGGCAUCUCUGCUGUGUUUGGAGGAAUCAUUGCCCUCAACAUGGACGCUCUGUUACCGGGACCAUACUUGUCUGUCACAUUUUUCUGGAUCCUUGUGGCUUGUUUCCCCAGUGCUAUUGCAAGCCAUGUCGUGUCAGAAUACCCCAACAAAUGUCUGGUGGAGGUGCUGAUCGCCAUCAGCAGUGUGACGUCUCCCCUGCUCUUUGCAGCCUCGGGCUUCCUCUCCUCCAGUGUGAUCAGCUUCAUUGAAAUAUUUCUGCACGAUGUGCCCACAGCCAAGCAAUCCUACGACAUCCUGCUGCUGAUUCUCAUGGUGCUGCUGGUGGUGCAGGCAGUUCUGACUUCAGCCACUGUGGUGCACUGUGCCUCCUACAAGAGUCAGCUCCGCAUGGGGGCCACAGAGUACGAAGGCAGCGUGCACACGCUGACCCACUACUGUGAGCAGCAGGCGUCCAGUGGAGCGCAGGAUUUUGACAAAGACAGAACUUGGAAGGCGGUUGUGGUCCAAAUGGCCCAGUGAACGGCCCCACGGUACAAUGGAAACAAACUCUAUGAGCACAAGAGUACAAUCCUGACACAGAGAACAUUCGAAGAAGGAAGGAAAAGAUGUGAACAGAGGAAAAGAAGAGAGUGAAAGAAAGAUGAGGAAGAAUUAAAUCAGAGGAAAGUUUGACCUUUUUUUAUUUGUUUUUAUAAAGAUUUGUGUAUAGAUAAUACCCUGGGCCCUUUGCUCUGAUGUCUGAUUUCUCAUUUCUAGGUUUUUAUAAUUAUUACAUAGUGAGUAGUGUCAUUGUUUGGCCGGGGAACUGAAAACCUUCUCUGUUGUUUAAUAAGCACAAGUACUUUUUAAAGCUGACAUAAUAUAGGGUACAAUCAACAAUCAUGUGUUUUUUUUCUAUGUUUAGUAACGAGAAAAUGUGCCUUGCACUAAGGCUCGAACAAGGUUAUGUUUUCAAGUUUUAUGAUGUCUUAAAAUAUUUAACCUUGCAGCAGUCUACUGUAAAAAGCAUAAACCUGAAUUCAGCCUGGAUUUUAUGGGAAGCAGUUUCUUUUUCAGCAAUCUGGUACAUCCAACACACACACACACACACACACUAUUCUCCGCAGGUCUUCUUUCCACAACUUAUUUUAGCACUUUGCAUUAGUGUAAGUUAUGUUUUUGUAAAGUAGGUGGGACUCUGUGUGUCUGUAUUCUAGUGUACAGCUGUGUGGCCUCAGCUGAAACAGCUCAUUACGAGGUUACUGGUCCAUUUUACUGCAGAAAAAUAGCAUUGACUCAUGUAAAAGAGUCUUAACUGAAAAUUCUGUCUUCUUAAGAAAGAUUAAAUGUUUGUCAUCACGUG